GUACGCAUGCGGAGUGCUGUCUGAAUUACAUGAAAGCGUGCUUCCGUUUCCUUACAGCAGCUACAGUCCGGUGUGAAGGAUGAGCUCAGGCAAUGGGACCAGGAGGAACGUUGGAAAGCUGCAGCAUUUCAAAAACACGUUUGACCCUGAAACACUGACCGAGAUUCAAAGUAUUUUUAGUAAAGUUAAAACCUAUGUGAAACCUUCCAAUGGGGAGUGGUGCAUCCCCGACCCAAACGUUGCUCUCAGACACUCUGUGGAGGAGCACUCCCGGCUGCAGGCCCUGAAGGCGUCGCUCAAUGAUAUUAAAAACCAGCUCAGUGACAAGAACGUCGAGGUCUGGCAUCAGCACACCAACUCCACCAAUCGAGCCGGGAAGGUGAUCGCCGCUGUACGUUCUGCUGCCAACGCAGAGAUCUGCACUCAGGCCUGGUGCAAGUUCUCUGAGAUCCUGGGAACAUUCAAUCUUCUUCCACAGGAGGCUCUUCAAAAUGGCGAGCUGAACACAAUCCACCUUUGUGAAGCUCCAGGGGCCUUCAUAACCGCUCUGAACCAUUACAUCAAAACCAGCGAGUCCACACGUUACUGUGACUGGAGCUGGGCCGCUAACACUCUUAACCCGUACCACGAGGCUAACAGUGGCAACACGACGAUCGCAGAUGAUCGGUUAAUCGCUAACACAUUGCCCUGGUGGUUCUUUGGCUCAGAUAACACAGGUAACAUCAUGAUUCAAAAACAUUUGCUGGAGCUGCAGUCGUUUGUGGCUAACAUGCGUAGAGUUGAUGUGGUGACAGCAGACGGUAGUUUUGACUGUCAGGAGAAGCCAGACGAGCAGGAGGCGCUGGUGGCGUCGCUGCAUUACUGUGAGGUCACGGCUGCCCUGCUGCUCCUAAGCCCCGGUGGCUCUUUUGUGCUGAAGAUGUUUACCCUGUAUGAGCACUCCUCCGUUUGCCUUCUCUACCUGCUGAACUGCUGUUUCCGCUCUGUCAGUGUUUUCAAACCUGCCCAAAAAGUCGGCAACCUGGGUUUUUUUUGUGUGUCAACUAGAUGGCGGAAGCUUAGGCCUUUUGCUCUCCAACUGUUCUAUUCGGACCACAUCUCUAAAAAAAGGGCACUUUUCCCCCAAAUCACUUGUCCCAUGUCGUUUCUAAAAACCCUGAAGAAUGGCCCCUACUUCCACACGCUCCAGGUGGACACAAUCACAGAAAACCUGCGCGUUUAAAGGAAUAGCACCGAGCAAACACGGCUCGACUACUCGGGCUGUACGGCUCAGGGAAAAUGCAGCGCUUCCAGGGAAAUGUCUGUGAGCUUCCUUCCACGGAGUCGAUGGAUUUCUCGUAACACGGUGAGUCCCGCCUGCUGCAGCGUCUCAGCGGGCCGACCUCUGGGACAAAAGAAGCAAACAGGCUCCUUCAAUGAGCGUAGGGAAUUGCAGACCCUGAGCUGGAGGGAGCGCAUCAAGAGGGGUUGCCAUGCUACCUGGAUACAGAGACACUGUACGGAGGCCGUUGGAACCAGCUGCGUGCUGGAAGGACCCCUGUCAGAGUGUCACAUCGAUUCAUGGUACGUUAUCAUCGGUGCUGCACUGCCUGCAGUCAGAAACUCUCCGUUCUGUGAAGGAGUUUUGUUAAACCACUUAAAUGAAGCCCUGAUGGACCCAGCAGUAGACAGGACUCAAGCACCUCCCUGUGACUCUUGCCAUGUGACUUGCACAGCCUCCAUCUUGUCCGAUGUUGCAGCUCUCUGCAUCUUCACAUCUGACAGUGAUGGCAUCAAAAAGAAGAAACGGUGUCUGGUGUUUGGCAGAUGCUCAGUGUGGGGUGCCUGUGAAAACCAACCAGGGGAUUUAGUCUUAGAAUUUUCUGCAGAGCCUUCAGUUCCUCAAAGAGGCUGCAUCACGCUGCAUGACGGGGAGCCGCGGUACCAGCAGCAGCUCUUAGGUUGUGUUGUGUUUUCCCUGCAGAACCUGAACUCUGGGGAUGCCCUGCUGCUGCCUGUGCUUUCUGCCUUCUCUCGUGUCACCGCAGCUGUUGUGCUCUGCCUGCAUGUGUGUUUUCGCUCAGUCACAUUCAGGUGUCCGGCCCCCUCAGGCGUAGUUGGGACAGUGCUUGUGUGUGUUGGCUUCUGCCCUAAAGCUGCUGCACGAAUACUCCCUUUUCUCACUGACGUCCAUAACUGUGUGGGUCAGCUUUUAGGAGACGAGGAGGACUCUGGUAAAAAUCUGGCGUCUGGGUGUGACCGCCAGGUGCUGCAGUUUGUUCCCAUGGAGGAACUGCUCACAGGAGGACUGACUGAGUUCCUGCGCACCAUGAACUCUGAAAUCAUCCAACAGAAGCUACAUUUGCUCAUGCAAUCAUAGUACAUUUUAGUGAGCUUGGACUCUGGGGUACAUGCUAUUGCUUCAGAAGUUGUCAUUAGGUCCCAGUCAAUUCUAUUCUUGUCUAAUCAGCAGACUGUUUAACAACACUGAAUCAUUUCUGUAUGCUGAUAUUAAGAAAUUACUCCACUGAUUUAGCAUUGCACACCUAUAAACAUUGUCAGACUCGCAAUGGACAGUUUUAAAGAAAGGAUCAAAACUGAUGCAGCAGAAUCCAAGAUAGUCUUUUUUACUCUGUCCUUCUUCUUGCUUGCAUUACCUACAUUACAACUCGACCAGCGACACAUCAAUCAGAGAUUCAAGUCCGUCAUAUUAGUAGUGGCUAAUGUAGCUGCUAGCCUCAAGCAGAGAUGAGGAGCAGGCUACAGAGGUCUGGUAAGCUGACUCCACACCUAGGCAUGGGCCGUUUACUGGUUUCCAACGUAUACCGCAGCAUGAAAAAGUCAUAGUUUCAAAACCAUUAUAAUUUUCCGUAAUACUGUUCCUUGCAGUAUGACCUGUUUUUUAUGAGUCGUUAAAAAUAGAAAGUGCAGUUUAGAAAUCCCUCUCCCUGCCAGUGUCCCGUGUGUGUAAAAAUAAAAUACAUUGUGUUCAAUGGAAAAAAGGUUUUUACCCAGACAUUU